GAGAAUACCGCGUCAAGCUUCGUUGAGCGCGUCUCGACUUGCAACUCCAGAACCCCAUCACAACCCCGGAAACCAGUACCACUCUCAGACAAUAACAAUGGUGACGCUCGACGAGAUUGCAGGCACGGGUCUGCUUCAGAAGCCUUCCGAUACACCGAUCGAAAGUCUCGAGCGCCCGGGAUCGGACUACAAGUCCCUUGACACAUUCGCUCUACCGAAUGACCGCCAAUACAAGCAGCAGUUUGCCGAUAUAUACUUCCUCCGUCUCACCAAAAUCAGGCCCGCCGUAGAAGAGAUUGCCACUGCAGCAUGGCAGGAUACUGAGCUAGGCGGCGAGACCGCGACCAAAGUGGACCGUGUUCUAGAUGUGCGCCAGGGCCAGCUAUGUUGGGUUGUCGGCACCGUCUACAUGGACAUGCCGCUCAAGCCCAGCGUGCUAGAAGACGUGUCCAAAGAUCGCUGGAUCUCCGCCCCUACCACAUCCGACCACUACUAUGACGGGGCUGGUGGGGAGUCAGUCAUGCUCGAGGACGACUCCGGUCGAGUCCGUCUGGUUGGAAGCGUACUCAAGGACUAUUUCCUUGUCACGGGCUGUAUUAUUGCAGUAAUGGGCACCGAGAACUCCAACGGCGAGUUCGAGGCUAUCGACCUCAAGUUCGCCGACCUUCCACCACAGCCGGGCCGCUGGUCCCUUUCCAAGCCCCCCCAGAAACCAAAAGUAAAAAACGAAGACGUCGAAAUGACCGACUCCUCACGCCCACAGCCCUCCAAAAAGAUCGCAAUCGUCUCCGGCCUCGAGUUCUCAGGCACCGACACCUCCUACGCAAUGGAACUCAACCUACUCCUCGAGUUCCUCCUCGGCGAAGCCCUCGACCCCGCCGCCCAAUCCGAGCUCUCCCAAAUCUCCCGACUGAUUAUCGCCGGCAACUCCAUCGCCAAACCCUCCGAACACGACCCCGCAACCGACAAAAAAGUGCUCAAGAAGUACGGCUACGAUUCGUCCUCCUACAACCCGCUCCCCUCCCAGCUGCUCGACACCUUCCUCUCCUCCCUCCUCCCAAGCAUGCCCAUCACGCUCCUCCCGGGCGUGCAGGACCCAGCCAACGUCAGCUACCCGCAACAACCAAUCCACGCGGCCAUGUUCCCCAACGCGCGCACGUACACAGCCGCGCCGCCAGCGCCGGGGCAGGGGCAGGCAGCGGCGUUAGAACCGGGGUGGCUCGACGCCGUCACCAACCCGUGGGAGGGCGAGGUGGAGGGGUGGCGGGUGCUGGGCACGGGCGGGCAGAACCUGGACGACAUCUGCCGGUACGUCGACAGCGAGGACAGGCUGGGCAUGAUGGAGGCCAUGUGCCGGUGGCGGUGCAGCGCGCCGACGGCGCCGGAUACGCUGUGGUCGUAUCCCUUCCAGGACGAUGAGCCCUUCGUAAUGAAGGACUGCCCACACCUCUACUUCGUGGGCUGCCAGCCCGAGUUCGGGACCAAGGUCAUCGAGAGCCCGCAGGGCCAGAUGGUGCGGCUGGUCCUAAUCCCCUCGUUCGCGACGACCAAGGAAAUUGUGUUGAUAGACACCGAGACGCUGGACGUGUCAAAGGUGAAAAUCACGGCUUGAUUCCGGAGCUAGCUAAAAGAAAAGAAUAAAAAAAACGAAGAUUAAUGUAGGGCGAGCCGGUCUCCUCGAGCAAGACUGCUUGCCUUGCUGAGCCGCUGCCGAUAUCUACCAUCCGCGAAAAUCCGCC